CCGGUCCAGCCAUUGUUCGCGGACCCGAUCUCUCCUCUCCUCUCUAGAUCGGAGAAUUUAGGGUAGGUCGGGGCUCGCCUUCGCGUCUCUUCACCGUUUCCAUCGCCAUGGGCUUCCUCUCCGCCCUCGGGAGAGUUCUCUUCGCCUUCUUCUUCCUCUUCUCCGCGUGGCAAGAGUUUAAUGCCUUUGGAGUUGAUGGAGGACCAAUUGCCAAGGUUUAUGGAACCAAGGUUGACUUUCUCAAAGAUCGAGCAACCUCUUAUCUUGGAGUAGAGGUGCCGGCAGUUGAGAUUAAACAUGUAGUAGCUGCUGGUAUAGCCUUGAAGGGAGUCGGAGGCAUUCUAUUUAUCCUCGGCAGUUCAGUUGGUGCUUACCUCUUGCUGCUACAUUUGGUUAUCAUCACUCCCGUCUUGCAUGAUUUUGCUAACUACAGUAAUCCUGAAUUUCUCCGGGUCUUCACACAGGAUUUGGCGCUUUUUGGAACUCUCUUGUUUUUCCUAGGGAUGAAAAACUCAAUCCAUAUAAGACAAUCCAAGAGGAGGUCUCCUAAAUCAAAGAAAAAUUAGAUGACCGGGAUGGUCUAUUCGUCGAUUUACCCACGCUGGUUUCAUUAGUUCCCUUCUUAAAGUUCCAAUUUGAAAUUAGUUAUGCUAUUUAUUCCUCAUCAGCCUAUGAAACCUUGCUGCUUUUCUCUGUUUUUUUUUGGGGG